CUCUGCGAGGCUCCUGACUACAGCCGUAAUGCUCCAACAACCCAUCACGCGGUGCGGCUUCGUAGCUUAGCAAAGUCGUACUAAAACAUUUUUGUCAGAUCUUUGAGCGCCGUGUGGCACAUAAAACCGGUUCGAGGUCAGUAAGCACAACCAGAAUUCAUACAUAAGGCGCACUGAUGAUUUUUGAGAAAAAUAAAGGAUUUUAAGUGCGCCUUAUAGUGUGAAAAAUAUUGUAAUGUAUCUCACAGCAUGACAACAUCAAAAUCACAAAUUAACACAUUACAGAAGAAGUAUACACCUUUCCUGCUGCUGUAAAUUAUCUGUGCAGACAGCAGUAGAGGUGGGGGCAUUGCAGGUGGAGGAAUAGAUUCCCCUGGCCAUCACAGUUGUGAUUUCAGCCGAGUUCUAACAAAAGGCAGCUUAAGAUCUCCUCUGACAGUACGCUGCUCUUCAACUUCUCUAUAUGAUGCUCUCUACUUUUUCCUGCUCUGGUGCUUUUGCUGUACUGCUGUAUAAAUAUAAUUCUGCAGGAACGAUGGACCUGCAUGAAAGAGCUGGUAAUCUUUUGAUGAAAACCUGGAGGAGGAGCAGCAUGUAACCCUGGGCCAGCUGACACCGGCAGAGGGAAGCCUAUUUUUGUGAGAGUUGCAGAGAAUUGACCAACCUCAGCUCCUCUCUCCAGGCUACUGCAUCAAAAUUUCUCUUUGUAGCUGGCAUGAGGGUGGAGAAUAGCAGACUCUUCAAUGCUGCUGCUAACGUUACUUACAAAGGAAGAGAAAGGCUUGCAGCCCAUAGGGUUUCUUACAUUUCUCGAGAAUAAACUGGCUCUGAUAUCAGUGGGAUGAAGGAUGUGGCUGGCACGAUGGAGUCAUCACUGAUCACCAUCAGCAAAUGUAAAAAAGAAAAAGUCUUCUAAAAUGUUGUUUUUAUGUAUAUUGCAAGUUCUUUUUUCCCACUGCGAGGUUUCCUAAUUACAGUGGCUGUGUGUGUUUCAGUGGCAGCUGUAACCUGCUGACAGAUUCAGUUUAUAAAGAUAUGAAGCUGAAACACUUCAGCUCCGCUGAGACCCUGAGCGUUGCACGCUGGCCCAGGCCACAUUGAUGCUGGUGGGCACUGGCCUGUUCCUCUCCCUGCCACCUGCUUCUCCACAGCUCCCACGUCUUGAGCCAUCAUGGCUAUGAGCCGUGACGCUGGCUGUGAGAGGCUGGACCCCAACUCUUCUACGCAGACCAGCGGUCUCACAGACAUCAUGGCCGCCAUGACAACAAAAGACUCGGAUGGCUCAGCCGCCAGCGGCGCGAAGAACGGUGGCUCCCAGCAGGAUGUGGCUCAGGCCAAGCGGCCUCUUCCGACGCGGCCUCACCUGACUGGGAGGAAGCUGUCUUUGCAGGAGAGGACGCACAUCUCCCCUCGCAGGCCUACUGUGGAGAGUAAACGGGUGUCCAUAUCUGACUCCCAGGACUGUAUCCAGUUGAACCAGUAUAAGCUGAAGAGUGAGAUUGGAAAGGGCUCCUAUGGUGUGGUAAAACUUGCCUACAAUGAAGAUGAUGACAAACAUUAUGCCAUGAAGCUGGUGUCCAAGAAGAAGUUGGUGAAGCAGUGCGGGUUUCCUCGUCGCCCACCCCCAAGAGGACCAAAGGCGGCCCAGGGGGAGCAGCCCAAACUCUUAGGACCCCUGGAAAGAGUCUACCAAGAGAUCGCCAUACUUAAAAAACUGGACCAUGUCAACAUCGUCAAGCUGGUGGAGGUGCUGGAUGAUCCAUCGGAGGACAACCUUCACAUGGUGUUUGAGCUGAUGCGUAAGGGCCCAGUGAUGGAGGUGCCCACAGACAGUCCUUUAUCAGAAGAGCAAGCUCGCUUAUACUUCAGAGACGUCAUCCUGGGUAUCGAAUACUUGCACUACCAGAAGAUUGUCCACCGCGACAUCAAACCCUCUAACUUGUUACUCGGGGACGAUGGCCAUGUGAAGAUAGCAGACUUUGGAGUCAGCAACCAGUUUGAGGGCAACGACGCUUUGCUGUCCAGCACUGCUGGCACUCCGGCUUUCAUGGCACCAGAGACGCUGUCAGAUGCGCGAAAGAGCUUCAGUGGAAAAGCGCUGGAUGUUUGGGCCAUGGGGGUUACCCUCUACUGCUUCGUCUUUGGAAAGUGUCCCUUCAUUGACGAGUACAUACUGGCGUUGCAUAAUAAGAUAAGGACCAAGCCUGUAGAAUUCCCAGAAACGCCCAAAAUCAGUGAAGAGCUGCAGAAUCUGAUCUUGCAGAUGUUGGAUAAGAACCCCGACAGCAGGAUCAGCAUCCCAGAGAUCAAGAUGGACCCGUGGGUGACCCAGGGAGGUGCUGACCCCCUGCCUCUGGAGGAGGACCACUGCUCUGUGGUAGAGGUGACAGAGGAGGACAUCCAGAACUCCGUCAAAUUCGUUCCCAGCCUCUCUGCAGUGAUUUUGGUAAAGGCCAUGCUGAGAAAGCGCUCCUUCAGUAACCCCUUUGAGUGCCCAAGCCGGCGGGAGGAGAGGUCCAUGUCUGCACCUGGUAGUCUGCUCAUGGACUCGUGGCCCUUCCGGCCCUCUUUUAAACUUCAGCCCUCACUCAGAAAGGCCAGCACGGGCGAUGGACCCAGAGAAGGAGAGCUGGAGGACCUGCAUGAAGAUGAGCCCUCCUCUUGAGUCCCAGCGACCCUCCUGCGUGCGCAGCGUCCUCUUUAUAUCCACUUACGCCUUCAUCCACACCUCAAAGUGGUCCCACAGUGCAAACGUAUCAUUCUGCACCUGAAACACAAAAACUCGAGUUUUUUUGUUUUGUUUUUUGGGGAGAAGUUUGUCAUGUGACGUACACGCUUGCUUCUGCGCUGUGGAGCUGUUUUAUCCUCAGCCGAUGUGAGGAACACGAGCACGUCUGUGGAUCAUCACCGGUUUAUUUUGCUGGCCUGAAACUGUAUUACAGGCAAAGACUGACGAGUUUUUCCCAUUGUGCAUGGCGAAUAUUUAGACCGCAUCUUCAGCCUGUCUGCAGCCACCUGACAGGAGGAAACAGACCUCAGCAUGUAAAGGACACUGCACUGUCUCCUAAGUGAACUAAGAGGCUUUCAUUUCAUCAGUCACUGUAAUGUUGUACAUACGUGUCUUGUGGUAUCUGCUGUGUUAUUGUGAAGACCCUUUAAGCAUAUCUGUGCCAACCUUUAUUCUGAAGCAGGUGCUUCCUGCGCUGCCUUCAGACACCUCGAUCGACUGCCUGGCAGUGAUCGCAGGGUGACUGCGAGCUGUGUGUUAGUCUGUCCUUCACGCUGCUUCUCCUAAUGCGUCGUCUGUGUCAGUCUGGUGGUUCUUAUUUCUUUGAUGCUCUGCUGUUGGAUGUGUUUGCGAUCGGAUGGGAAAAGUUUUUGGAUGGUGAGAACGAACGUAGUGGAAAAACUGAUGUUACUCUGUAUAUAAGCACUGUUCCAAUUUAUACGUUAUUUAUAAUAUUAAUAUAUUGUAAAGUUCUUGGAUGCAGAGCUGAUUUUAAAGCAUAAAUAAUCUGCAUACAAAUGAAUCACUGAGUGCUUUGUAGAAGAAAUCGAAUCACAUUGUUCGUUAUUAUAUUAAGAAGCGUCUGUACCCAAAUCAUUUUAAUGUGAAAUGAUGCAUGCACCUUUACUCUCAGGAAACACUGACCUGCUCUCUUUUUAAACAGUCUGUCACCUGUGUUGAAGCGCAUUCACAGAAGAGGAAAAUAAGGAAACUGUGCUUCAGAGACAAUCAUCAAGGAUCAGAUACAUUAGUGAUCGUUCCCCCUUCAGCUCUGUCUAGUGGACCAUGCAGAGCUGUCACUGCGGCGUCAGGCUGCUCCCACAUAAAGCCAUGAAGGAGCAGAAAAUUCAUCCAGAAGAGCUUCAGGCGGACUCUGGACAAAGAGCAGCAGACGGAGGUGGUGCUGGAGCAGGGCUGGUGUCGUGUUUUUGACUUCAUGUUUUCAUUUUGUUGUUGCUCUUGUUAAUUUGAAGUUUUGGUGAGCUUUUAGAAAAGGGCGUGUUUGUGUUGGCACAACGUGUCAGUGCAGCCGCAAACUUCUCAUUAUAAUAAAUGGGAACACAGAUAAUGCACGCGCUGGCCACCGCAACAUCACUGUUUCCUGUAAACGUUGACAUCUGCUUA